UUAGGGUAGCGGAGCAAUUAAUUAGGGAAAUGUCAAUAAAUGUUAGCAUACCAUUGCAUUUUGCCCGAUAAUCGCACAUUCGCCUGCCACAGGUUGUUCAGUUAUUGCUCUACAUUUUCAGCAGACAACAGAAUUGUAAUACUCUUCGCUAACUUGUGACAAAUCAGUAGUCGCGACUCGCCAGCGAUCGGAAGCCAGAAUGAUUGUCGCGCGUAUCCGUGAUGAAUAAUUCAGCGAUAAUUAACCGCAGGUUCACGAUGCACGAUCAGUGUUGAUCGCGUUUUUCCUCUCGUCUCCUGUACGCUUUUUCUCGUCGCCUAAUUCUGUGCAUAUUUUUUUUCUGUGAUUCUUAUUCCCGGAUCUAUCUUUGGAUUGCGUUUGUGGCCGAUCUAAUGUUGUUCCGUGGAUGGGGAUUUAUUUGCGAGCUGAUAAUCGCUGAUGAUUUUUUAUUGCGUCUUUAUCAGUACUUCGCGGACCCAUCAUUCCGUGGGGAGUGUUGACAGUGUGCGCUCGUUAAACCGCGUUGAAUGGGGAAGUAAAAACCCUGGUUGGUGGAUUGAAUGGGUAGAAUGGUGCUGAGAACGCUGGAGUUUAAAGACUGCACGGCGGACGAUCCGGAGUUCCGUCAGAACCUGGAAGAGCAUGAAAAGGAGCUGGAGCGGACCAGUCGGGAAAUUAAGCAGCUCAUCAAGGAGUUCAGUGACGUGAUCAACGCCAGCCAGCAACUAUCGCGAUGCCAGAAAGCGCUGGCACACCAUCUGUCUGGUUUCAAGUUCGAGAAUAUCGGCCAAAGUCAGACGGAAGACGAGAGGGCCAUUGCGGAGUCUUUCAAGGAGUUCGGCAAGAUUUUAUCCGAUAUCGAAGACGAACGGACAAAAAUUCUGGAUAAGGCCAUGGAGCAGUUUGUCAGUCCACUGGAGGAUUUCAGAAGAGUCCACAUCGGCAAUGUCAAAGCUGAGAAGAAAAAAUUCGAUAAGGAGUCGACGAAAUUCUACCAAGCCCAGGAGAAGCAUUUAAGCAUGUCCAGCAAAAAGGAUGAGAGCCUUCUCAAGGAAGCGGAUAACGAUGUGAUACUGCAGCGGGGAUACUUCAUUCAGGCCUCGCUGCGCUAUGUCAAAGCCAUUCAAGAGGUCCACGAGCGGAAGAAGUUCGAGUUUGUCGAAGUGUUAUGGAAUUUCCUGUCCAGUUGGAUGCGCUUUUUCCGAUUAAGUUAUGAUAUUACCAAAGAAUUUGAUCCUUACAUGAAAGAUUUGCAAGAGCGGGUCCAGAAGGCUCGCGACAGUUUCAAUGCAUUUUGUGCGGAAACGGAAGCGCUGAUGAACAAAAUAAAAACGAACGAAAACGCUGGGAAUCUUCCACGAGCGGCUGACCGAGCGGAAGGAUUUGUUUAUCUUAUGGAAAAAAAAGCGUUCGGGACGACCUGGGUGAAGCACUAUUGUCAGUACGAUAAGGAUUCGCGGAAGCUGCUGUUGGUGCCGUAUUCGCACACCCAUGGCAAAGCAACGAAUCCACAAGAAAUCUUGACGCUCAAGUCGUGCCAAAGACGUCCCGGUGAAUCGAUUGAGAAACGUUUCUGCUUUGAUCUCGUCACUGAUGAACGACCCGGUGUCAUGACCUUUCAAGCAUUAUCCGAAGCCGAUCGCGGUCGCUGGAUGGACAUCAUGGAUGGGAAAGAACCAGUUUAUCAGAUGCCCGGAAAGCACUUCCACAAGCCGGAAUAUAGCACUGAUCUCAACGAGCAGGGCUUCCGGUUUGUUACACUGUGCAUUGAUUUCAUCGAGAAAAAAGGAUUACACGAGCAAGGAUUGUACCGUGUCGCCGGUGUCAGUUCCAAAGUCUCGCGCCUGCUACAUGCGUUUUUCGACGAAGCGUCACACGCACAGAACUUCACCUUCAAUUUGAUCGACCAGCCCGAUGUGGAUAUUCGCACGGUGACCAGUGCGUUAAAAACCUACUUCCGCUCGCUGCCGGAACCCCUGAUGACCUUUCGUAUGCAUAAGGCCUUCCUCUCCGCUGCCAAAAAAGACAACAAGAACGAACGGCUAAACGAAAUCCAUUCACUGGCCCGCAGUCUGCCGGAGAAGAACUACACCAUGCUGGAGCUAAUCGUUCGGCAUUUGGCCAAGGUGGCGGACAACUGCAGCCGCAACCUGAUGACCAUCUCCAAUCUGGGCGUGUGCUUCGGGCCGACACUGCUGCGGCCGGAAGAGGAGAGUGUCGCCGCGCUGGUCGACAUCAAGUUCUACAACAUCGUCAUCGAGGUCCUAGUGGAGCACUGGAAACAGAUCUUCCUGCAGCCCCCGCCCACCGUCACCCUGCACCGCCGCAUCUCCCCCGCCGACCCCGGGCCCACCGUCCCGCCGGUGACCUUUAAGCCGGGCCUCAAGGGCCCCGAGAAGAGCCUGAACGGCGCGCCGUCGUCCAACAACAAUAACAGCAACAGCGUCUACUACUCCAUCCCCAUGGAUCUGAAGACGGAGAGCCUCCCGGGACCCGGCGGACCGGUCUCCCCCGGGCUGCGUGUCACGCAGACCGUCGCCCGCCUGACCACCGCCCCGCCGUACCCCGGGGCGGGCCUGCGCACCUCCAGCACCUCGGCGCUGUACCACUGUCCGCUGGCCUCGCCCCUGGCCUCCACCAGCGUCAGCUUCAGCGCGCUGAACAGCUCCGCGCCCGGCAGUCACACCGUCACGCCGGUGGCCAGCGCCCGCGAUCUCAACGCCGGAGGCAUGAACGACCGUUUCGGCUCCGGCGUCAUCCGCGACCGUCGUCCGGCGGCACCCGCUGCCGUGGCGGCCUUCCCCCGGGUGAAUUUCAACGGCGGCAGUCCCUCGGUGGCCGGUGUGACCGUGGUGGACGGGGGCGGGCCGGCCGCCUCCGUCGGGCCGGUGGAGCACCGCGAACGGGGCCCCCGCGACCGCACCCCCGCCCCCCUGGUCUCCAAACGGAUCUCCACCUUCCAGGUGCCGCCGCCGGGCGACGAGAAGCCGCGCAUCGAGAAGACGCCGCCGCAGAAGGCUCCGCAAAGAGGCGCGGCCGCGGUGGGUCUGCGUAGCGGUAAUGUCCCCGGGAGGAACGGCAACAAACCGGGGCGGAAUGUGCGCACCCUGUACCAGUGCCAUGCCGAUGGCCACUCGGAGCUGUCCUUCGAGCCCAACGAAAUCAUUACCAAAGUCCAUGCGUCCGAUGAGCCGGGAUGGCUGUAUGGAGAGUUACGAGGUCGGAAGGGUCUGAUCCCGGAGAACUACGUGGAAGAUGUGCCGAUGCAGUUUUAAAAAAUGCCAAAAUUAUUUGAUAAUGCGGACGGAUGUCUCGGCUGUCUCCGUUACAGAGCGCGAUCCGUUCUUGCAGUGUGAUGCGGCACAGGAAGCGGUAUUCUGCCCCCCAUUUUGCCAAAGGUGAACACAGACAGAUUUGCUGCUUCUUUUUUUCAGUAAAUAAUUUUUCACAUUUUUGGAGCUUUUAAGUUUGUUUUCUUGUCACUCUCGGUCUCUUGCCGCGGGUAUGGUACAUAGUUUUUUUGCGUCGGUUUUCUGGUUUGGUAUGUAUUGCUCACCGAAUGAUUUGCUGCAAAGAAGAGAGAGAUUGUCAGACGCGGAAUAAUUCGCAAAAUUUUUUUCUGAUUUUUGGAGGAAAUGUGGGCGUUUUUUGGACAGCCGGAUGGCUGUGCGCCUGUGUUUUCUGCUUGUUUUUUACAGAGGAUCUGUUUGCUGCUGGUGUUGGAAUUUCUAUGGCGGUUUUAAUUUUGCUGUAUUUUGUUUUAUUAUUUGCACAGUAUUUUUUGGCCGGGUUGGUUUCUACGCAACCCGCCGUGAUGCACUGCUGCCCGAAAAUAAUUAUGAUGUAUUAAAAGUAAUUAAAGUUG